GACAUCAUUUGUCUUCUCAGGGCUUUGGUCCGCCUCCUUGUGGCCCUGUCAGUAAGGAGCCAGCGAGACACCAUGACAUAGGCAAGGGACUUCACUCAUAUCUUGGAAACAAAAAAAAGUUUUCAUUGUCGUAAAAGUUAAAAAAAAAAAAAAUUUGGAGCGGAUUUUUUUUGGCCAGAUCAAAAGAUGUUUCACUUUAGACUAUCAAACGGAAACAUUUGUGAUCUGAGUAAAUUGAUGCUCUCCCUUGCUGUGUUGCUAAUCACAACAUUCUCCACGUCCAGAGCGUUACAAAUAACAGCUGUCAAAUAUGAACUCGGGGGGAAACCCCCAACUUUGACAGGACCCCUAGAGAAAAACUUUAUGCUGACCGAUGCAGAGCAAUAUAAGAAUGGCGAGCUCAAAGGUCCGGAAUCGUUUGUUUAUUAUAAAGGACACAUUUACACUGGAUUAUCUGAUGGACGAAUCGUUGACAUCUCUGACUGUGGUGUCCAGACCAUUGCCCGACUGGCUCCGAAAAACUGUGUUGGUGAGGCUCAGUGCGGUCGACCCCUUGGGAUGAGAGUGGACAACUUUGGUCGUCUGGUUGUGGCUGACUCAGCACGAGGCAUCUUCCGAAUAAACUUACAGACUGGUUAUGUGGAAACACUCUAUCUGUCCACUACUCUGGUCAACGGUAGAAGGUGCAAGUUUAUCAACGAUGUGGUCAUAGCCAAAGAUGGGACCAUUCUCUUCACCGACUCCAGCUCGCGGUGGUCAAGAAAAGAGUUUCUGUAUGUUGUACUUGAAGGGGAGACAACUGGAAGACUGCUCGCAUACAGUGAUAAUUCCAACAAAACGAUUGUAGUGUUGGACAAACUAGCUUUUCCCAAUGGGCUUGAGUUCGGACCCGGGGAUGACUAUCUUCUAAUCGCUGAAACAGCUCGUGCCAGAAUACGCAGGCUGAGUCUCAAACCGGGAAGAACCUGGCUCCAGCUGAGCAACUUCGCUGACAACCUGCCUGGUCUACCUGACAACAUCCGGUCGUCUGGCCGAAACACCUAUUGGGUGGCCAUGUCACAAGCCCGCCACGCCAACAUGACCUCGAUGGUGGACGAGUACGCCAACCAACCGCAGAUGAGAGAGAUGAUUGCCAAUAUGGCAACUAUGGACAGCAUUUUGGCCAUGAGUGAAAAAUAUGGCAUGGUCGUAGAAAUCGAUGGAUCAGGAAGAAUUAUACGAAGUUUACAAGAUCCGACCGGCAAAACCAUUUCUGCCGUCAGUGAGGUAAUGGAGAAAGAUGGCUUCCUAUAUCUUGGAAGCUUUGAUCGCCCGUUUGUCAGUCGAGUUCCUUUGAGUGACAAAUUUGACGUGGAAAGGUUCCUGGCCAAACUGAAGUCCACCUGCCGUGCUACCAAGAUGAACGUCCCCAAAGUCAGGACUGUAUUAAAGCGCCUCGUAGCCAUCGCGGAGCUGAGGAAGUUCUUGAUCAACACCAGGAAGAGGGUAGACGAGGAGCGCAGGAAGAUGUCCACCACGCAGCCCACAACCACCGUCACCUUGCUGAGCGCGAACGUGACAACCACGCCGCCAACAGCGGCAACCACAACCGCUUUCAACACAUCUACUUCACCGGAAACGUCAGUCAGCCCAGUGUCGAGCAACGCGUCGGCGAAUGCCUCCUCUAACGUGACGUCAGAGGCGUCGACGAACUCGACCACCGUCAGCCCCACGAAGGCGUCCAACGACACUAGCCCUUCACCUGCGGACAAACCCACGACCGUCAGUAGCGUUCAGGGCGGGGACACGACAACAUCGUCGGCAUCAAUGAUGGGGUCUGAUUCCAACUCUAACACGACGGUAUCCGUGGCUGCCGCCAAUACCACCACAGCGGCACCUCCAGAAGUCACCUCGACAGCAUCUGUCACAACGACAUCGACAGCAUCGCCAACAACAACUAAUCCUGAUCUAGAGGGAUAGGGGAAUUGAUAGACAUUGUCUCGUGUUUCGUCUUCUAGUGGUCAUUAGAUAAGUCACGAACCGACGCUAUGCUGACAAGGGGCGAUCCAUGUUAAGACACUUUCAACAAGGCAGAGUGACGCAAUAGACACAAUCUUGAUUUGAGAUUCGACACAUUUCCCACAAUAGUUAUCACCAAAUUUUUGUUUAAACGUGUCUAAAAAUAAAUGCAGGGGAGACUAGCACACAAAUCAUGUAUUUAAAAGCUGUAUCAUUUAUUAACCCAUAGUUCCUCUUCCCCCUCCCUCAAAAAAUCAUUUCUUUUAUGAAUGUCGAAAUUUUUUAUUUAUUUUUAUUUUUUUUCAAUAAAAAUAAAAAACAAGAUCAUAAACAUUUUUAAUGCUUGUAGCUCCUGUUGACCUUCCUGUUAUACCACGACCCAAAAACAAACUGAGACGUCGCUGGCGUUAGUACUCCUCAAUGAGGUCGGUUAAUAAUAUUACAAAUCUCUAAACACAUCUUCACAAUUUUUUUUUCCCCAUAAAAGUUACCUUUAUUAGAGUUUUUCAUACUAAUUUGUAUUCACAAUUAUAUAACCUUUGCAUAGAAAUUUGAUUCUGCCGUUCUAAAAAAAUGCACAGAAUUUUUUUAUGGUUUUAUUAAAUGCAUAGUUUAUUAAUAGUUCCGUAUACUGUAAGCCAUACACACCAAAAGGCUUGCUAUUUAUGGAUUUGUCUCCAUUUUAUCAAAAUCUCCAAUAAUAAAGGCACAUUCAUUGUACCAUAUGCAAGAACUAAUUUGUACAAAUACUGCUUCCUAGAGCUAUUGGAGCGUGGAAUGGGUUGCCUCAGUCAGCCAGGAAAACAAAUGACUUGGCAGAUUUUAGGUCAUUGAUUAACAUGCGUGACUAUACUGACUUAGAGCAGGGGUUCUCAACCUGUGGGUCGCGACCCCCUUGGGAGUCGAUUGACGAUUUGGCAGGGGUCGCCUAAGACCAUCGAAAAUAUGUAUUGUUAUUGUCUUUUCUUCUAUUACUGGGGGGGGGGGGGGGGUUGCGGCACAGUUGGGGAUUGUAAAACGGGGUCGCCGAGCAUAAAAGGUUGAGAACCGCUGACUUAGAGACACGCAUAAGAUGAAAUCAUCUUCUUUUUUUUUUUUUUGAAGUAACGUCUGUAUUUUAUGUACAGUUCGGAUUUAGCGUUGUAUCUCCGGCACUAUGCUACUUAAAAAAUUAAAGCUUUUUACCACUUUAGUGUAAUUCCUUGAUGGUAUUCACCCAUGGCAAUCUGUACUGUAUCCCACCUACUCUAACGACGUCAAUGCCCAAAAAUAUGACAAUACCCUUAAACUUUUUUUUUUAUCAUGUGGCUAAUAUGUAAUGAGUCAGGAUUACCUGGCGCGUCCAGUGAGUUAAAAAUAGUUAAAUAAUAUUGUUUAUUUUGGAUUUUAAGAUGAGUUGUACCUGGCCUUCUCGCUAGCAUCUCGUCCAUUCCGUCGGUUCGCAUUAUCUCAUCUCCAUGGCAGCGUGACACGGAAGUACUUCAUGCAUUGCAUUUGUUUUGUCAGCAGCUGGUAUCAUGCAUUAAUGUUAAUGUUUAGUCUGUAUAUUAAUAAACACCUGUGUGUCUUC